AUGGUUUUCCUCAGUGUGAGCCUAUUCGCCAUCGUGAAAUCUGAGCCUCCAGUCCAGGGCUACCACUACGAGCCCAAUAACUAUAACUUAAAUUCAUACAAUGCACCAAGCAAUACUUAUCUACCUCCAAAAACUGGUCUAAGUCUUCCCAACAGUUAUUUACCUCCAAACUCGUUCACCUCUGGUAAUGUUGACCGCGGUCACAAUCACGGUCAAGCCGGGCAUAGAUAUGACCACGAAAGUGAAGUGGUAAGUAAAGAUUUAUGUAGUUUUACUAUGGUGGUAUACUCGUGGAUGGAUAGAAGAACAUUCGGUGAAAUAUUACUCUCACUUUUAUCCUUU